AUGUCCUCCACCGAUCCCACCACAACCGGCCAAACCGCCCAAGAUGCCUCGCGACAGCAGCCCGCCGCCGCCGCCUCCUCCACCUCCGAACUCGCCAGUGCCAAGAUAACCUUGUACAAGGUGCUGCGGCGCUUUGCCGACUUCCCCAUCGAGGGCAUCGUCUUCAUCGACAUCAUGCCCAUCUUUAUCGACCCGAAAGCCCACCUCGCCCUCCUUCGUGCCCUCGAGCUUCAGGUCCUUUCAUCCUUUGCACCCGCCGCCGCCAAGCCCGACGUCGUCGUCGGUCUCGAUGCGCGCGGCUUCCUGUUCGGUCCCUCGCUGGCCCUGAAGCUCGACGCUUCCUUUGUGCCCGUCCGUAAGAAGGGCAAGCUGCCCGGGCCGUGCGUCACGGCGACGUACGAGAAGGAAUACGGGCAGGACUUCUUUCAGAUGCAGGAGGGUGCCAUUAAGCCGGGCCAGAAGGUGCUGGUUGUGGACGAUAUCAUUGCAACUGGUGGCUCUGCUGCUGCCGCCGGUGAACUUGUUAAGAAGCUUGGCGGAGAGCUCAUUGGUUAUCUGUUCCUGCUCGAGAUUGCACCUCUCAAGGGAAAGGAAAAGCUCGGUGACGUCCCCGUAGUCACUUUGCUCGAGGAGGCCGACUAUCCCCACUAG